AUGUUCGUGCUGGCUGACCUCCUCCGCCGCCCCGACACCGCCCCGCUUGCCGCCGCCGCCCUGUCCGACGGCGCCCCGGGAUCCCGCCCCUGCGGCAUGAAUUCCACCGCCGUCGACCUACUGCUGGCCAUGGUCGCGGGCGGCGGCCGCCUGGGGCGGACGCUGCCCGCGGCCGCCUCGGUUUACUACGGCCUGAGGACCGAGCCGCUGCGCGGCGCCCUGAUGGCGAACCCAAACCUACUCGACGCGCUGCACACGAGCAUAAUCCCGGGCUACACCACCAGCUGCUUCUCGGCCGCCACCCUCGCCGAGCUACUGCGCCCAGAGCCGGAAGGCGAGCGGGCGGCGGCCGUGGUGCGUCUUUUCACGACGCCCGACCCCAGGGUCUCGCGGGAGAGGGACCCCCUGCGCUUCCACGCCCUGGGGCAUCUCCUCUGGCAGCUCAACGACUUUGUGGACAAGGGCGACGAGCCCGACAGGGCGAUGGGCUGGCCCCAGACCCACUUUGCGACGCGCGGCCACCACGUGCGGCGGGCCGCGGUCGAGCUGCUCCCGAUGAUCGUGCGCGCUGCCGGCCCUGAGCAGCGCAGGACGAUCGUGAGGGAGGGGGGCCCCUUCCUGCCCAUGAGCUGCCGCGCCUGCGCCGACCGGCUGCAGGCGGCGGGCGACGAGGGGGGCCGCGCCGCCGCGGCCGAGCUUCUGGCAGCGGCGCGGCUGCUGCGGGACGCGGCGGCGGAGGGGGGCGACGCGGCGGGCGCGGAGAGCUUCGACAUCGCCGUCUGA